GUUUUUUUUUAGUCCAUCUUCAACAUUGCUACUUGUUUAACUGGGGGUUCAUGAAAGGGAAAAAAAAAAGAAAAAAAGAACGUGGUUAACUUUCAGUAGCACGGUUUGGCUGGUACCGGGUUUCCUAGGCCAUUUUUUAUACUAGUGUAUCAUCUUUUAUCAUGCUCACGUUAGUUGAAUGUAAAAGCCUCUGGGGGUUCCUGCAGCAGUUACAGUUUUUGCAGAUCAUUUGAAAAAAGGAAUCAUCAGCCACAACAGGUCCCAAUGGAUCUAAAGAUCAAACAAACAAAUCAACGAUCCAUGGUUUCUAUAUAUGGUAAGUGACGCUCAUUCGGAAAAAAUUUUUGAUAUCGCAGCCUUGCCUGCCAACGGCAUUCAACAGAAACCUUUGUCAUGGCCUCUUUCCUACCUCUUUUGGGUUUACAUUGCUGUUUGCGUAUUUCCUCAGAGUGCUUAUCUUUAAAUGAAAUCAAGUACAGCUUUCCAAGACAUCCAGACACAGGAUUCGCAGGAAAGACAUUGUUUGUUCUAUUGAGAAAAUGGUGGUGGAUGACUGACGAAAGCGCCGCUGCAUUCGCAAAACCACUAACGCGUGUCUCUUUUCGUGCCGUGUCAGAGUCAAAGGAAGAAACGUAAAGAAAAAUACGUGCAAAGUAUUGAGCAAAUUGGAUGCGAACAAUGACACGCCAAGAUACGUAAAUGCACUUUCUUAUCUGCUAAGGUGAGUAGCAGUGGAUGAGCAACCUCAGGUCGUUCGUUGCACAAACACGUCAUUAGCCCCAUCACACGCGUCAAACGCAUCAUCACACAGACUAUUCUGAUGAUCUUUGGCCCAAUCCCAAUCCCUACCGCAAACAAUGAC